AUGAUUGGCCGGUGUGGACUCCCCGCCCUGUGGGCGUGCCUGUUGCUGACGGCGAUGCUGUGCCCCUGCGCUCUGGCCAGGCGGGGGCGGGGCUUCGGGGGAAGGGGCAUGGGCAUGGGGAUGGGGGCCCGAGCCCCGCCCGCCCGCUCCUCUAACACCGGGAUGAAGAUGGCGGGGGCCGCGGCGGCGGGGGCCCUGGGCGGGGCGGUGAUCGGCCACGGGAUGGGCUCCAUGGGCCGCCCGGGGUACGGCUACGGCGGCGGCGGCUACGGCUACGGGGGGUACGGCGGGUACCCCAGGUACGGGGGCGGAUUCGCCUCCGGGGGCCGCCGGUACGGGAGCGGCAACGACACCGACGGGGAGUACUACUACGACUCCGGCAGCCGCCACGCCGCCAACGGCUUCGUCUUCCUGGGCUCCGUGAUGGCCCUCAUGACGCGCCACUGGAUGGGAAUUUAA